AACACUAAAGACAGUAACAUGCACGAUGUAAAGAUAAACACAUACUAUAAUCUUAAAUUUUAUUUCUCAAAUACUUUUUAUCAAAAUUGUUGUCCAUAAGAUUUAAGACUUCAAUUAGAAUUUUUUUUUAAAAAUAAUAAUUAAGACAAUUUUAAUGGAAAAGAAAGAUAAAUAAUUAUUAUAUAGAUUUAGAUAGUAAUUAAUUAAUGUAUAAUGGUUGCUGAAUUAUCAUUCACAAUUUUUUCAUACUUAGGAGUUUGGAGACCAGAAACUUGGACAUCAAAGUGGUCGAUUCGUGUUUAUAAUAUUUAUAAUUUCUUUAUUUUAACUUUCGAGUAUUAUUAUGCCUUCACUUUUUUAAUAAGUCUUUUUCAAAAUAUACACAUUGCGGGAGUUCGCUUACAAAAUUUAUUUUUCUUUUCUUCAAUAUUUUUAUUAGCUUUUAAAGUCACUUACGUUGGUGUAUAUCGAGAAGAAAUUAUUUUCUUUAAAAAUAUGUUUCUCGAGAAAAAGUGUUUACCUCGUAAUAAAGAGGAGAGGAAAAUUGUUAAGACACUUAUCGAUAAAGAAAGAUUCAACUCAAGAAUUUUCGUGUUAUUUGCUCUUUUGACAUCCACCUUAUACACAUUACUCCCACUAACAUCAAAAGAAAUAAAUUCCUUACCAUAUGAAUGUUGGAUUCCUUUUAACGUUUCUACAGGAGCAAAAUUUUGGGGAGUUUAUUUGUACGAAUGUAUUUCCAUUUAUUUAGCAACUCUUUUAUUCGCUUCAAUGGAAACACUUCCAUCAAUAAUGAUGCAACAAAUAUGUAUCCAAUUGGAAAUUCUAAUAUAUCGUAUUCUUGAAAUUCCAAAAUUAAGAAAUAAAUAUAUUCAUUCAAAAUUAAAUGUUUAUCAAGAGGAGUAUAGGCUUUUGAAAGAAUGCAUAAAUCAUCAUGAUUUUAUUUUUUUAAUGGAGCAUCAAUUAAAUAAAAUUUUUGGUUUAUUAAUUUGUGUUCAAUUUUUUGUAUCAACAAUAAAUUUAUGUAUUUCUGGUUUUUAUAUAACAUCAGUUAAUUUUAAUAAUGCAUAUUUUUGGGUAGCGUUAGUAAAUUUAAGUACAUUUAUCUUUCAAAUCUUCCUUCAAUGUUUCUUCGGAGAAUUAAUGACUCGAAAGAGUUUGUCUAUAGCAGACGAAAUAUACAAAAUGGAUUGGAGUUUAUUAAAUAUACGAAGUAAACAAAAACUAAUAAUAAUUAUGAUGCGUUCUAAUCGACCAAUGCAGCUCAAUGGAUUUUCAUUACUUACUAUGUCAAUUGAAACAUUUUGUAAAAUUCUAAAAACAUCUUAUUCAUGUUUUAAUUUAAUAAGAAAUAUAAACUGAAUAUAUUCUUAUAUAAGAGAAAAUAAAGACAUAUUGUUAAUAAUAAUUGGCCUGAGACUACUGACAUAUUUAGAGAAUGUAAAAACCAUCAUUCACUUUGGACAUCAAGUUCAUGAGAUGUAUAACAUGAAAAUAAAAGCAAAUUGGUGAUUUUAUC